GUAACCCGGCCAACUUUCUAAAGCGGGCGCCAAUCCAGAAUAUCAACUGCGUUCGGAGAGGGGGAGGACAUAACGGCCAAACCAAGCGCAGCAGACAAUGGGCGAAAUCAGCCAAGGGGUGCACGUCAUUCCGGCCCUGAACGCAGCGGCAAGCUCGCUGCUGUCAUCCUAUACGCUUAUCAGUAUACUGGACCACGAGCGCUGGAUGAAGGAAUGGGGAGACGAACACGAGGCGGUAGCAGUGAUGCACCUCCGCACCCCGAUUCUCUCGGCGGCUGUCGCGAUGGGAAUCGGCGGUAUCACUACUGUACAUCAGGUGGCCCUCUCUUCGCUACGUCUGGACGGCGAGGCACGACGUAUCGAGCUCGGAGCGAACGUGCUGUGCACGUGCCUCGCUGCCGUCACGGGCAUCACCACCAUGUCCGCGAUGCUGUACGUCGCCAGAAAGGAUGCAUUUGGCGGGGUUGACAGGGUGGAGCGGUUAAAAGAGGUCAUCCUCAAGGCGGAAGCGGCCGUGCUCUGGGUGCCUUUCGGAUUCACCUCUCAAGGCAGCAGACACGCCAAGUGCUGUGCCGAGCUCAAACUAAAGAAGGGCUUGGGCAAGAAGGCGGCUUACUUGGGGCAGCUGCAGCAUAUUGUGGCUGCAGGAACGAUACUGGCGAUGGGAAUUCUGGGGUGCUGGGCAUUGAACGUGCUUGGCCUUACCGGAGAAUUCAUGGUAGUCUGGAGAACGUCGGGCAUCGUGGUGCUGGCGUUCUACCUGCUGACAACUAGCAUCGUUUCGUGCUGGCUGCUCUUCCGAGUGCUGGUCUGGAAGCCUUCGUAUGAGUGCCUUCGCCCGCUGUGCUCGGUGAUCUUCGCCAUCUCUGUGUGGGUUGCCUGCAAAUCAGAAAACAUUCGUGAACAUUUGUGUCGAUUCGCGAUCUCGUGCUAUGUUCAUCAAUCACCGAUAGUACAACGAGGUUCGAUCGAUUGCCACUUCUGUGCUCAAGCAGUCGGGAAAACUAUCGCCAUCACCUUCGAGUACGCGGGGGGCGGUCUUGGGCGAGUUGGCCUGGGGUGGUCUGUAGGGGCGUCCAGGGACGGCGGGGAGUGGCUGAUGAUAAUGAUGGCCUUCGGUGCGGUGAUCACGCAGUAUGCCAUCGCUCUGGAGCUCCGCCUGGCAUACUGUGGCCUGCAGGAUACCAACCUCGAUCUUCAGUUGCUCGCGGGCACAAGCGCUCCCGAGGAGCGCAUCCGAAAGACCUCCGCCAUCAAAAACAACACUAGCAAGCGCCGGCACACGGGGCAGGGGGGGCGGACGGGGAACACCGGGUCUCGCAGCCCCCCCGCCCGAUCUCGUCGGAGAUCUAUCGUGGUGCACGCCUCAGCAGCGUCGUCCUUUGCGUCGCCGGUGAGCUCCCUGGGCUCCCCAGUGUCUCCGGGGUCUUCCAACUCGCAGACAAUGAACCUGACCAGAACCUUUUCUCCCGGCAGCACCGAUGGCGGUGAUGGGUUGGCGAAGCACGCUGCUAACUUGUCAGCGUCUGCCGGCGUCGUCAGCGCCUUGUUCAGGAUGGGACAGAAGUCAAUCGGGCUGUCAACGAAGAGUAGCCAGUCGCGCAGCAUCCGGGUCCAGCCGGCGAUGGACUGCAGCAAGGUCCUCGUGUACGAACCGAGCGUUGCCGAGGAUCCGGAAGAAGACAACAACCACCCCCAGCCGCUUCUACCGAGUCUGCGACACCCCCCCCACAAACCACCGCCGGUGGCGUCACCACCCGGGCAGGCUUCCGCCUCUUCUGUCGAGGAAGGGCGGUGGACCCGACGGCCCACGAGCGACGGGAGGGGGAGUCCUCCGUCGGUAGCGGUGGACUACUCCUCGCGGUCUGCGUUGUGAAAAAAAGGAAACGGCGGCGAGUGGGUCGUUGUCCAGUAGAAGCAGGACCGCUAAGCAAAACGCUCCCACGAUCUGAGCGUAAGCAGGAGAGAGGAGCGCGCAAAGCCACGGGACGCGGCGCGUGAGUGGUUCAAAGCGGGGGGUGGGGGUGUUGGGCCGCUCCUUGGAAAUGUUGAAAUGUUGGUACUCUACCGCUUCUUGGACCACGAUACACGCGGUGGCAAAUAGAUAUAUCUUGGUAGGUUUUGUCGACGACGGGAUCGAUAGCAGUAAGAUAAUGGCGGGGUUUGGGGUGAGGCCAGAAACUAAACCACACUCGUUAGAUCGUAAUGGAGCAUCCCUCGGGUGCAGG